UUUAUCAGUUUCAGUUGAGACUUCAUCAUAGAAUCACCUAACAAGAAAAUGUUCAAAUUCGUUGCCUUCUUUGCCUGCGUUUCCAUGGCCUUGGCUGCCCCUGGCUUGGUUGCCGAACACCACACCGUUGUACAGGAGCCCGUCUUGGCCAAAGUAGGCACUGUGGUCCACAGUGCCCCCUCUGCUGUCUCUCAUCAAAGUUUUACUCGCGUCCACAACAAGGCUGUCAUUGAACCCGUUGUGGCACCUGUUGUCAAGACCACUGUCCACGCUGCCCCCCUUGUGCCUGUUGUAAAGACUGUGGAGCCUGUUGUACCUGUGGUCAAGACCGUUGAACCUGUAGUGCCUGUGGUCAAGACCGUUGAACAUGUGGUGCCCGUUGUAAAGACAGUUGCUGCCGCCCCCGUCGUCCAUACUGUAGCUGCCGCCCCUGUAGUCCACACUGUGGCUGCUGCCCCCGUUGUUCAAACCUAUCAUGCCGCUCCCGUCGUCAGCCAUGCCGUUUCCCACCAAUCCCAUGUUCAAGUUCAUUCCAAUGCCGCCCUUGUUGCUCCUGCUGUUGUCCAUGCUGCCACACCCGUUGUCCACUCUGUGCCCCUUGUCCACUCCGUUCCCGUUGCCCAUGAGCAGCAGCAGCAUAGGUAUGAACCACAGGAGCUGCAGCAUAAGUCUUCAACACUGGAGCAGCGGCAUAGGUGUGGACUACGGUUGGACUUUUGUGUUGGCAUACACAAGUGCAGCAAAUUAUUCAACAUAAUGAUUAUGUUGAGUGAUGCCUUCAUUCAUUCAAAGCAGAAUACCACAGGUCACGCAUGCAAUGAUUUUUUUGAAAUUGAAACCUGGGUUAUCCUUUUGGGUUUCUUGGCUGCUGCUCAAGCUGCUCCCGGUUUGGUGUCUCAAACCCAUUCCAUUGUCCAGCCUGCUGUGUACUCGGCGCCAUUGGUUAAAACUUUGGCCACACCCGUAGUCCAUACCUAUGCCGCUGCCCCUGUGCUAAAGACUUAUGCCGCUGCUCCUGUGGUUCAUACCUAUGCUGCUGCUCCUGUUGUUAAAACCAUUGCUUCACCCGUGGUCCAUACUUAUGCCGCUGCACCAGUAGUUAAAACCUAUGCUGCUCCAGUUGUUCACACCUAUGCUGCUGCCCCUGUCGUACACUUGGGUUAAGACCUGUCUUGUAGCCAAUAGAAGUUCCCAUAUUUAAAUUGCCAUUGUU